UUCAGUCUGAAGGAUCAUGAACACAAAGGAGAUUAUUACCUACAGAGUCAACAACUUCAAGCAGCUAAUGCAGACUCCCGCCUGGAACACAUGUGUGUACUUAAUAUUGACUCAGAACCCGCACAAGUGAGGAUGACUGGCAUAAUCUGUACCAUUGGACCUGCUUGCAAAGACGUUGAAAUAUUGCAGAAGAUGAUCAUUGAGGGAAUGAACAUUGCACGCUUGAAUUUUUCUCAUGGAUCUUAUGAUUAUCACCGUGAAACUAUUGAAAAUGUCAGGAAGGCAGUGGAAGGUUUCUCUGAGCCAAGACCAGUAGCAAUUGCGUUGGAUACCAAGGGUCCUGAAAUAAGAACAGGUCUUAUUAAUGGGAGUGCUACUGCAGAAGUUGCCUUAGUAACAGGAGAGUAUUUGAACAUCACAGUCAAUGAUGAGUUUAUGAAUAGAUGUAACAAGAGUGUCUUGUGGGUAGACUACAAGAACAUAUGUAAAGUGGUUGAUGUUGGGAACAGAGUUUACAUUGAUGACGGCCUUAUUUCAGUCAUUUGUAGAGUGAAAGGUCGCGACUACAUGAUUUGUGAAGUUGAGAAUGGUGGUUUGUUAGGAUCAAAGAAGGGUUGUAAUUUGCCAGGCACAGCUGUAGAUUUGCCUGCAGUUUCAGACAAAGAUAAGCAAGAUAUAAAGUUUGGUGUAGAAAUGGGGGUUGAUAUGAUUUUUGCUUCAUUUAUUCGAGAUGCUGCAGGUGUUAAGGAAAUUAGAAAGGUCCUUGGCCCCAGAGGGGCAAACAUAAAAAUAAUUGCCAAACUUGAGAACCACCAAGGCAUUCGCAACUUCAUGGAAAUAUUGGAAGAAACAGAUGGAGUGAUGGUGGCUAGAGGAGAUAUGGGUAUCGAAAUACCUCCUGAGAAGGUAUUUCUAGCACAGAAGAUGAUGAUUGGUUGCUGUAACAGGGCAGGUAAACCUGUCAUAUGUGCCACUCAG